AUGGCUAGCCAUAUUUUGUUGGUCAUUGCAAGUUUCUUAGCCAUCAUUUCUGCCUUGGCCACUGCCUCUGAUCCUAGUCCAUUGCAAGAUUUCUGCGUUGCCGAUCCUUCUAGCUCAGUAAGGAUCAAUGGCCUACCUUGUAUGGAUCCCAAGCUGGUAAAUGCCAACCGUUUCUUAUUCAGGGGACUCCAUGUACCUACCAACACAUCAAAUCCCCUUGGAUUUGGUGCCAAUAGUGUCCGAAUACCUGGACUGAACACUCUUGGGAUCGCUUUGGCUCGUGGGGACUUUGCACCGAGAGGUGUAGCCCCUCUCCACACACACCCUCGGGCAACUGAAAUUGCUACCGUCUUAGAAGGCAGCUUGCUUGUUGGCUUUGUAACCUCAAACCCAGAAAACAGGUUCAUUUCGAAGGUAGUUCAAAAGGGUGAUGUGUUUGUUUUUCCCAAGGGACUUAUUCACUUCUUGUAUAAUGUAGGCGAUAGCCCAGCUUCUGUAAUUGUUUCUUUUAGCAGCCAGGACCCAGGUUUCAUUGUGGUUGCUGAUCUAUUUGGAACCAAUCCAUCCAUUCCUAAUGAUAUUCUGGCCAAGGCUUUCCAGGUGGAUGAAUCCAUAAUUCGCCAACUUCGACCAUAA